GGCACUCCCACCCCGGCAGCCCCUGUGCGUGGAAAUCCAGCCAAGGUCUGAUGAUGGAGGAGCCUUGGCCCUGGCUGUCCCAGGGGAGGAAGUGAAAUUCCUCAGCUCUCCACCAAGAUUGGCAACAAAAGCCUGAUCCCUGGAACACACCAGGCCUCACCUAGAGGUUCAGCCAUUGGAUUAUAGGAACUGCCCUGGCCUGACUCACCCAAUAUGGAGGAGGUGCCUGGGGGUGCCCCCUGUGAACACUUUGAGGCCAACAUGCUUACCCAGAACCGACAUCAAAACUGCUUCCACCCUGAGGAGGCCCAUGGAGCAAGAUACCAGGAGCUCAGGAGCCCUUCAGGUACUGAGGUGCCCUACUGCGACCUGCCUCGAUGCCCACGUGCCCCUGAGGACCCACUCAGCGCCUCAACCUCCAGCUGCCGGUCUGUGGUGGACCCGGGCCUUGGGCCAGGGCCCAGGAGGGGCCCAUCCCCCUCAGCAGGGCUCUCGGAAGAGGGUCCCACAGCCGCCCCCAGGAGCAGGAGCCAUGAUCUUGAGGCAGUGCCCUAUCUGGAGGGCCUGACCACUUCCCUGCGUGGCAGCUGCAACGAGGACCCCAGCUCUGACCCCAGCUCCAGCCCUGACUCCGACUCCGCCACCCCUGAUGAUACCAGCAACUCGUCCUCUGUGGAUUGGGACACUGUUGAGAGGCAGGAGGAGGCCCCCAGCUGGGACGAGCUCGCAGUGAUGAUCCGUAGGAGACCUCAGGAGGGGCCGAGAGCUGACAGCUCCCAAAAGGCUCCGUCUCUCCUCACCAGGUCCCCUGUGGGAGGAGACACUGCAGGCCAGAAAAAGGAGGACACUGGCGGUGGGGGCCAGAGCGCAGGACAGCACUGGGCAAAGCUCCGGGGAGAAAACGGGUUCUCCCUAGAGCGGCACCGGUCAACACUGACCCAGGCUUCCUCCAUGACACCACACAGCGGACCUCGAAGCACCACGCCUCGGGCUUCCCCUGCCCAAAGGGACACUGCUCAGGCUGCCUCUACACAUGAAACCCCCCGAGCCUCCUCUCCCCACCGUAUCACCCAAAGGGACACCUCCAGGGCCUCAUCCACCCAACAGGACACCUCCAGGGCCUCAUUUACACAGCGGAACACCCCCAGAGCUUCCUCUCCCUCACGAAGCACCCAACAGGAUAACCCCAGAACCUCGUCCAACCAACAAAAUAAUCCUAAAUAUUCCUCUCCCCAAAAAGCCACCCAACAAGAUAACCCUAGAACCUCUUCUACCCAGCAGGACAACCCCCAAAGUUCUUUUCCUACUUGUACUCCCCAGUGGGACAACCCUAGGACACCCUGUGCCCGACGGGAUGAUCCUAGAGCCUCCUCUCCCAACAAAGCCACCCAACGAGACAACCCCAGAACAUCUUGUGCCCAGCAGGAUGAUCCCAGAGCCUCCUCUCCCAAUAGAGCCACAAGAGACAAUCCCAGAAUAUCCUGUGCCCAGCGGGACAAUCCCAGAGCCUCCUCUCCCAACAGAACCACCCAACAGGGCAACCCCAGAACAUCCUGUGCCCAGCGGGACAAUCCCAGAACCUUCUCUCAGAUCAAAGCUACCCAACAGGACAACCCCAGAAUGUCCUGUGCCCAGCGGGACGAUCCCAGAGCCUCCUCUCCCAGUAGAGCCACCCAGCGAGACAACCCCAGAACAUCCUGUGCCCAGCGGGACGAUCCCAGAGCCUCCUCUCCCAACAGAACCACCCAACGAGACAACCCCAGAACAUCCUGUGCCCAGCGGGACGAUCCCAGAGCCUCCUCUCCCAACAGAACCACCCAACGAGACAACCCCAGAACAUCCUGUGCCCAGCGGGACGAUCCCAGAGCCUCCUCUCCCAGUAGAGCCACCCAGCGAGACAACCCCAGAACAUCCUGUGCCCAGCGGGACGAUCCCAGAGCCUCCUCUCCCAACAGAACCACCCAACGAGACAACCCCAGAACAUCCUGUGCCCAGCGGGACGAUCCCAGAGCCUCCUCUCCCAGUAGAGCCACCCAGCGAGACAACCCCAGAACAUCCUGUGCCCAGCGGGACGAUCCCAGAGCCUCCUCUCCCAACAGAACCACCCAACGAGAUAACCCCAGAACAUCCUGUGCCCAGCGGGACGAUCCCAGAACCUCCUCUCCCAGUAGAGCCACCCAGCGAGACAACCCCAGAACAUCCUGUGCCCAGCGGGACGAUCCCAGAGCCUCCUCUCCCAACAGAACCACCCAACGAGACAACCCCAGAACAUCCUGUGCCCAGCGGGACGAUCCCAGAGCCUCCUCUCCCAACAGAACCACCCAACGAGACAACCCCAGAACAUCCUGUGCCCAGCGGGACGAUCCCAGAGCCUCCUCUCCCAGUAGGGCCACCCAAAAGGACAACCCCAGAACUUCCUGUGCCCAGCGGGACAAUCCCAGAGCCUCCUCUCCCAACAGAACCACCCAACGAGACAACCCCAGAACAUCCUGUGCCCAGCGAGACAAUCCCAGAGCCUCCUCUCCCAACAGAACCACCCAACGAGACAACCCCAGAACAUCCUGUGCCCAGCGGGACAAUCCCAGAGCCUCCUCUCCCAGUAGAGCUUCCCAAAAGGACAACCCCAGAACUUCUAUUCAACAGAACAUCCCCAGAUCAUCUUCUACCCAACAAGACAAACCUAAAACCUCUUGUACCAAACAGGAUAACCUCAGACCCACUCGUACACAGCGGGACCGCACACAGUCCUUUUCCUUUCAACGAGACAACCCUGGAACCUCUUCAUCUCAAUGCUGCAUCCAAAAGGAGAAUCUGAGACCAUCAUCUCCCCACCGCUCCACUCAAUGGAACAAUCCCAGGAAUUCGUCUCCACAUCGUACUAACAAAGACAUCCCCUGGGCCUCCUUUCCCCUCCGGCCAACUCAGAGUGAUGGUCCUCAAACCUCUUCCCCAUCUCGCUCCAAGCAAAAUGAGGUUCCCUGGGCAUCCAUCGCCCUCCGGCCAACCCAAGGUGACAGGCCUCAGACAUCCUCUCCCAGCAGGCCUGCCCAGCAUGACCCACCCCAGUCCUCCUUUGGCCCCACCCAGUACAACUUGCCAUCCCGGGCCACCUCUUCCUCCCAUAACCCAGGCCACCAGAGCACCUCCCGGACUUCCUCACCUGUGCACCCUGCUGCUUGUGGGGUUCCCUUGACCUAUCCUGAGCCCUCCCAGCCUCCAUGUGCUGUGUGCAUUGGGCACCGGGAUGCCCCUCGAGCCUCUUCGCCCCCUCGCUAUUUGCAGCACGACCCCUUCCCCUUCUUCCCAGAGCCCCACGCCCCAGAGAGUGAAUCACCCCACCACGAGCCUCCCUAUAUACCACCUGCUGUGUGCAUUGGACACCGAGAUGCCCCCCAGGCGUCCUCGCCCCCCCGCCACACCCAAUUUGACCCCUUCCCCUUUCUCCCAGACACAUCAGACGCCGAGCAUCGGUGUCAGUCCCCCCAACACGAGCCCCUACAGCUCCCCGCACCUGUAUGUAUUGGGUACCGAGACGCACCCCGGGCCUCCUCCCCACCACGCCAGGCCCCAGAGCCCUCCCUCUUAUUCCCGGACCUCCCCAGGGCCAGCACAGAGAACGUUGUCCCUUCCAUGGACUCUCUGCACGAGCGCCCCCAAAUCCCCACCCCUGUGUGCAUUGGGCACCGGGAUGCACCCUCCUUCUCAUCCCCACCACGCCAGGCUCCUGAGCCAUCCCUCUUCUUCCAGGACCCCCCUGGAACUAGUAUGGAGAGCCUGGCCCCCUCCACUGACUCUCUGCAUGGCUCCCCAGUGCUGAUCCCCCAAGUAUGCAUCGGGCACCGGGAUGCACCCCGAGCCUCCUCCCCACCCCGCCACCCACCCAGUGACCUAGCGUUCCUGGCACCCUCACCUUCGCCAGGCAGCUCCGGGGGCUCCCGGGGCUCAGUGCCUCCCGGGGAGACCAGGCACAACUUGGAGCGGGAGGAGUACACUGUGCUGGCUGACCUGCCCCCACCCAGGAGGCUGGCCCAGAGACAGCCAGGGACCCAGGCGCAGCGCAGCAGCGGGGGCCGCACCCGCAGCCCUGGCCGCACGGAGGUGGAGCGCCUCUUUGGGCAAGAGCGCAGGAAGUCCGAGGCAGCGGGGGCCUUCCAGGCCCAGGACGAGGGACGGUCACAGCGGCCCAGCCAAGGCCAGAGCCAACUUCUCCGAAGACAGUCCAGCCCUGCCCCCAGCAGGCAGGUGACCAAGCGCCCUGCCAAACAGGCAGAACUGACCUGGCGGAGCCAAGCAGAGCCCCCUCAUUCUCGGAGUCCUGAGAAGAGACCUGAGGGAGAUCGGUGGCUCCAGGGGUCCGUGCCACCUCCCAGGACAUCAGCCAGGACCCCUGAGAGGGAGCUGCAGACACAGAGACCUCUGGAGAGUGGCCAAGCAGGCCCAAGACAGCCUCUGGGGGUGUGGCAGAGUCAAGAGGAACCGCCAGGGUCCCAGGGCCCUCAUAGACACCUGGAGAGGAGCUGGAGCAGCCAGGAGGGAGGCCUGGGGGCAGCCAAAGCCUUGGAGGGAGCAUGGGGGGGCCCUCCUGGGGAGUACAGGGAGAGCUGGGGACAGCCAGAGGCCUGGGAGGAGGCGGCCACCCAUGAGCCCCCCAGAGAACUAGGGAAGAGAAGCCCACUCACAAGCCCCCCUGAGAACUGGGGAGGCCCCACAGAGUCCUCACAAUCCAGGCACCCUGGGACACCCACUACUGUGGGCUGGGGGGCAGAGGGAGCGUGUCCAUACUCGCAUGGCCCUGAGAGGCGACCCGAGCUUGACUGGAGGGACCUGCUUGGUCUUCUCCGGGCACCAGGAGAGGGGGCCUGGGUCCGUCUCCCCAGGCUGGACUGGGAGGGCCUCUUGGAGCUCCUGCAGGCCAGGCUGCCCCGCAAGGACCCAGCUGGACACAGGGAUGACCUGGCCAGGGCUUCAGGGCCAGAGAUGGGUCCCCCAGGCACAAAGGAUGUCCCCGAACAGGAGUCACACAGCCAGCCAGAAGGCUGGGCCGAGGCCACCCCAGUCAACGGACACAGCCCCGCACCGCUGCCCCAGAGCCCGGCCCAGUCGCCCAGCCCUGCCUGCACCUCCACCCAGUGGCCAAAGACCAAAGUGACAAGAGGACCAGCGACCGUAACUCUGGCAGGCCUAGAGCAGACGGGCCCCCUGGGGAGCACUGCAGAGGGCCCCAGUUUGCCAGAGCUGCAGUUCCAACCAGAGGAGCCUGAGGAGUCAGAACCAAGCAGAGGCCAAGACCCCCUGACUGACCAGAAGCAGGCAGACUCGGCAGACAAGAGGCCAGCAGAGGGCAAGGCUGGGAGCCCGCUCAAGGGCCGACUGGUGACCUCAUGGCGGAUGCCCGGGGACCGGCCCACGCUGUUCAAUCCGUUCCUGCUGUCUCUGGGGGUCCUCAGGUGGCGAAGGCCCGAUCUGCUCAACUUCAAGAAGGGAUGGAUGUCGAUCUUGGAUGAGCCUGGAGAGCCUCCCUCCCCUUCGCUCACCACCACCUCUACUUCGCAGUGGAAGAAACAUUGGUUUGUGCUGACAGAUUCAAGUCUCAAAUAUUACAGAGACUCCACUGCUGAGGAGGCAGACGAGCUGGAUGGUGAGAUCGACCUGCGUUCUUGCACGGAUGUCACGGAGUACGCGGUGCAGCGCAACUAUGGCUUCCAGAUCCACACCAAGGAUGCUGUCUAUACCUUGUCGGCCAUGACCUCAGGCAUCCGGCGGAACUGGAUCGAGGCUCUGAGAAAGACCGUGCGUCCAACUUCAGCCCCAGAUGUCACCAAGCUCUCGGACUCUAAUAAGGAGAACGCGCUGCACAACUACGGCACACAGAAGGGCCCCCUGAAGGCAGGGGAGCAGCGGGCGGGCGUUGAGGUCAUCAGCCGGGGUGGCCCUCGGAAGGCAGAUGGGCAGCGGCAGGCCUUGGACUACGUGGAGCUCUCCCCGCUGACCCAGGCCUCCCCACAGCGGGCCCGCACCCCGGCCCGCACUCCUGACCGCCUGGCCAAGCAGGAGGAGCUGGAGCGGGACCUGGCCCAGCGCUCCGAGGAGCGACGCAAGUGGUUCGAGGCCACAGACAGCAGGACCCCAGAGGUGCCCGCUGGUGAGGGGCUGCGCCGGGGCCUGGGUGCCCCCCUGACUGAGGACCAGCAAAAUCGGCUCAGUGAGGAGAUCGAGAAGAAGUGGCAGGAGCUGGAGAAGCUGCCCCUGCGGGAGAAUAAGCGGGUGCCCCUCACUGCCCUGCUCAACCAAAGCCGCGGAGAGCGCCGAGGGACCCCAAGUGACAGCCACGAGGCACUGGAGAAGGAGGUUCAGGCUCUUCGGGCCCAGCUGGAGGCAUGGCGUCUCCAAGGGGAGGCUCCUCAGAGUGCGCCGAGAUCCCAGGAGGACGGCCACAUCCCCCCGGGCUACAUCUCACAGGAGGCAUGUGAGCGCAGCCUGGCAGAGAUGGAGUCCUCACACCAGCAGGUGAUGGAGGAGCUGCAGCGGCACCAUGAGCGGGAGCUGCAGCGGCUGCAGCAGGAGAAGGAGUGGCUCCUGGCGGAGGAGACGGCAGCCACGGCCUCAGCCAUUGAAGCCAUGAAGAAGGCCUACCAGGAAGAGCUGAGCCGAGAGCUGAGCAAAACACGGAGUCUCCAGCAGGGCCCGGAUGGGCUCCGGAAGCAGCACCAGUCAGAUGUGGAGGCACUGAAGCGGGAGCUGCAGGUGCUAUCGGAGCAGUACUCGCAGAAGUGCCUGGAGAUAGGGGCGCUCACGCGGCAGGCCGAGGAGCGUGAGCACACGCUGCGCCGCUGCCAGCAGGAGGGCCAGGAGCUGCUGCGCCACAACCAGGAGCUGCAUGGCCGCCUGUCAGAGGAAAUAGACCAGCUGCGCGGCUUCAUUGCCUCGCAGGGCAUGGGCAACGGCUGCGGGCGCAGCAAUGAGCGGAGUUCCUGCGAGCUGGAGGUGCUGCUUCGUGUAAAAGAGAAUGAACUCCAGUACCUGAAGAAGGAGGUGCAGUGCCUCCGGGAUGAACUCCAGAUGAUGCAGAAGGACAAGCGCUUCACCUCGGGGAAGUACCAGGAUGUCUACGUGGAGCUGAGCCACAUCAAGACGCGGUCCGAGCGGGAGAUCGAGCAGCUGAAGGAGCACCUGCGCCUUGCCAUGGCCGCCCUCCAGGAGAAGGAGUCGAUGCGCAACAGCCCUGGCUGAGUAGAGGUCCCACUCAGCUGCAGACCCUCCAGGCUGGAGGACCAGCCGCCCUCUUUCCCUCCUGGAUGGAAGUCAAAAGCCAAGCUUUCUCCCCACCCUCUGUGGGCCACACGUGCACUUGCACCCACCACACACACCCACACACAGACACAGACACACACACACGUGCACACAUGUACACACAGACACACAUACACACACUCUGCGUAUCUGAGCGCGCCCCUCGCACUGGGUCUUACCUUGCACCUUCUUCAGGAUUUUAUAUGUGAAGAGAUUUUUAUAUAGAUUUUUUUCCUUUUUUUCCAAAACACGUUAUACUUUAAAAAAAAAACAACAACAAUUCCUGGUGGCCGUGUGCCUCCAGCCCUGGUCCCGCUCUGUCUCCAGCCACCCUCUGCUUGGGCUUCUGGGCUGGUGGCACUGGUCCGGGGGUCUGGUGGAGGCCCAGGCAGCGGCCAUGGCGGGGUGUCUCUGCAGGGGAGAGGCGGGAGCCUGCCACCUUCCUCCUACCCUACCUCCUACUAACACUUGCUGCCCCAUUUGGACCCUUACCAUGGGGCUCAGGACAGAGGGAGCCAGCAGCUGGCUUCCAUGGCCCCACAGCCUCCUCUGAGGCUGUGCUGGGUGCGGAACCGCCAGAGCCACCCAAAAGGUGAUUCUCUCCUGCCCCCUGAACCUCUUAACUUAAUAAAACGUUCCAGCAA